UGAUAAAAGCUACGGAUAAAGGCAUUGGCAAAUCGCGAGAGUGACCCACAAGUGGAAAGAGACCGACCAUGGCACGUUUCUUUUUGCUGAUCGUUUUGCUUUUCGCCGCCGUCCUGGCCAACGCUUCUUCACACAAGCAAGAAGAAUUUGGAGAGGAAAUGCUGAAGAAUUUGAACAAAACUAAUGAAAUGCUGAGCCGGUUGAUGAGAAUUGCCUACGAUGAGGUUGUGGAGACGCGGAAGGUGGCCGAGGAGCAGACCAAAUUGGCCAACGCGACCAACGACAAACUGGACCAACUGGCCAAAAACGUCGACCAGCACCAAGAUCAGACGAUGGAAAGAAUUGAAGAGGCGGCCAAAGAAAACAAGCAGCUCUUGAAAACUGUCAACGAACGUUUGGAUAAUUUGGAGAAUCAAAAUAACCAGACUCUGGAAGAUGUGAAGCGGCAGAAUCAAAAGCUGGACGAAUUAUCCAAAAUCGCCGAGCGCCUCGUUCAGCUCUUUGAGGAAAAAUUCUCGCCACAAGAGUCCCCCUGCAAUCUUUCUCGUUCGGCGAGUUUAAAGACGUUGUCCAACGGCAAAAAGUACCACUUCAAUAAAACUGCUAUUACAUGGGCCGGAGCAAACGAAACUUGUUCUCAAAUGGGCCUCCACAUGGCCACGAUCACGAAUCUGACGGACGCACAAGUCAUCUUGGAAGAGGGGGAGAAAUCGUUUGGCGGCCACAAUUGGUGGACUUCGGCGACAAACCAAGCUAGUGAAAAGGACUUCCGCUGGCACGACGGGACCAAAUUGGACUUGGACAGUUCUUUGUGGAGGGUAAAUGCAGACAAAACAGAGGACUGCGUCUACAUCGCUGAUUGGGUGAAUGGAAAAUUGAGCACCUGGUUGUGCUCUGGAAAGUCUAAUUUGCUUUGCGAACUUCCGGGGAAAUGCUACUGAAUUCAUUCUGAUGAUUUCCAUCUUAGUUAGGGUUUUUAGCAGACAUGAAAUUUGUCAUAAUUGAGGGAAUAAAUCUAAUAAGAAUUGGAAUUACUAAUAAAAAUAUCUAUUUUAGGGAGCGAUAAACUUCGAUUGUUAUUUAGACUUUUGUAAAUUUCAAUAAAAACAAUAAUUGGCA